AGCCCUUGAGAAAUUCCAAAGCAGUUGGCAGAGUGGCAGUUGGUGGGCUGGGUCAAAGGCUCACAGUACAGCUGCACUACUGCAAAAAGUCAAGUACAAGCUCUGGGACCAGGCUGGCAAGAAGAAUGCUCAUUACAACAAGGAACUCUGAGAUGUGACCCAGCAGCAGAACAACCUAACUACCAAUAAAUCACUUUAGAAGGUGCUGUCAAGAGCUCUGGUCUCUAGUUUCCUCAGUGUCCUAGAAUCAGAAGACAUGGAGUCUGCAUUGAUGAUUGGAGCAAUCCCUGUGCUGUACUCACUGGCAGAAAUGUGGAGCUACUUCUACUUCAUCUUCAUAACCUUGUUCUUCCUCAUGGAAUUCUUCAUGGCUCAGAUUCGGCAUAAGCACACCAAGGUACAGGAGAAGUCCAUGCAGGAAACAGACAACACUGAGGAAAUGGAGAAGGGUAUCAUGGAGGCAAUCAGGAAGCAGAGCCCCUCCCAGAAGACAUCCUUCCAGAACUUCCACAAGGAAAGGGAACUGUUAUAUUUGAAUCUGCUCCACUUCCUCCUGCAGGUCAGCAUCCAGACUGUGUCUUUUUGCAUGCUCACAUUCAAACACCUGCCCAUGAUAAGCCAAAACAGCUUUUAUUGUAGCACUAAUGACUGCCCUGGCCCCUAUCACUGCCUCAUCUGGGAAGCCUUCGAGAAGCAGCUGUCCAUCUAUACCCUCAGCGCUUUUUCUGUCAUAAUCAUCCUCCUAGGCACAGGCUCCUUUGUAUAUAGCAUCUACCAUCACUUGCUGAUGGCCCGGUCAGUUUCCAAGGUCAGGAUUUCUUGACAUUUAUGAGAAACAACACUUUUCCUUACUUUAAAGUCUUUUCUACCCCAUACCAGAUAAUUUGGACUCUUCCAAAUUUCAUUUGGGGCAGGGCUCCUCUUGCUAACCUUCUUUGGAUUUUGAUUUGAAAACAAUAAAAGUUUGCUGUUCUCCCUUUUCUGUUCUAA